UUGAAAGAAGCGCCAUCGGAGAUUUUCGCUAAUAUAUUACUGAUUCCUUGAAAAUAAUACAUGUUAAAUGUGCAAAAAUCUGUUUAAACUAUUAUAUAACUUAUACGUAAUCAUUAGGUGUGAAUGUGUUAUCAUUUAAUGUGCUAUUUUGCAAGUAAACAGUAACAAUUUAUAAAUGACAAUUUGUUUUCAACCGUGGCGACUUCGCUGGAGGCUUCGAGUGAAUUUGACAAGGCAAAAUGGCGGCGUCUUUUGAACUCAAAAUAUUUUGAUUUUGGGACUUUCAUCUUAGAAUUGUAUUGUUGAUGUAGUAAUAUAAUCUUAGUGUGGAGUUUGGUAUAUUUAUUUUCCACAAUGGACCACAAUUUAGAUGAUUCUCUUAAUUUGGAAAGUGCUAUAGGGGUGGAUUUCGACCAGGCUGAAGACACAGUGGUUACCCAGGCUGACAUCACUCUUGAUGCAGGCAGCCAUGAGGACAGCAUGCAGAUGGAGUUCGAGCAUAUUCAGGAACAACCAAUACUUAUGGAUACAGGAAAUGAUGAGAUUAUCGUUUCAGAUUUCAUGGGGGAGCAGUUUACUCUGCAGGAAUAUUCUGAUGACCAGAUAUCUGGGGUGACAUGUAAAGUUGAGAGAAAUCAGGAAGAUUUGCCAUCUCAUACUGAAGAGAGUGUAGAUCUCCAGUUUGAGGAACCCAUCUCGGUGCCGGCAUCUGGGGUUAUCACGCAGGAAGUGCAGAUGCAACCUAAGUUUAUCACUGUCAAGUCAUUACUACCGCCUAUGCGGCAGAUUGCUCCUAAGAAAGAAGCAGUAGUAUUGACGAAGACCAUACCACCGCGGCAGGUGGCCAUAGCGCCCAAGCCUCCGAAGUUGGUACAAACCACCAAGUCAGGCUCUCUCAUCGCUAGUAAACAGUUUGCCAUCGCCCCCAAGCCAAUCAAAUCUGGAGCGAAACCUGUCACACUACUGGCAAACAGAUCUGCUAUCACCAUGAAGAAUAUUAACAUUCCCUCUACACAAGAAGGUGGGAAAGGAAACACUGUUUUGGCACAACUGGGCAAGCACUUAGUGAUGGUCCCGAGCUCGGGCCACAAGAUCAAGCUGGUGGCCGCCCCCGCGCCCUCGGGGGACGCGGCGGCCAGCGCCGGCACCAACGCCAUGUCUUCGGUGCGACUCAUAAACGCUUCCAACUUAGAAGAGAUCCAAAUGGGUAAUUCGCAGAAACCACCAGCGACACAGGGAUCAAAGCAAGUUAUGACGAAAGUUAUUGUUCAAGCGGGUUCCAGUAAGGUAGACAUGGUGAAUCAGAGUGCGAUUUUAAGUAAAUUUCUGCCCACUGUAAGCGCGGGUUCAACGCCGACUCGAUAUGUCACAGUUCAACAGAAAUUCGGCGGUAACAAGGUGCUGCUAUCACCAGGUAGUAAACCAGGAGUUAGGUUUACGAAAAAGCAGCAAGUCAUAGCUAUAAAAUCGCCGCCGCCAAAAUUAGUGCCUGUAUCCUCGCAACAAGGCACAACAAAGAAAGUAGUGAUAACAGCGAAUCCUCAAAACGUGAUAUUGAGAACCACAGCUCCCUCUAAACCAGGACACGUCACAAAAGCUGCAGGUCAGAGAACACAACUGCAUCAAAUAAAUGUCCCUGGUAAAGGAAUACAAUACAUCAAACUGGUGACGAAUCCAACGCAACAUACACAGAAACAGGUUGUUAAAACGCAGUCCAGUGGCCAAGCUUCCAAAACUUUCGUCUUAACUGAUAGCAAAGGUAAUGUGAUUCAAAUGACAGCUAAGAAGAUGGGCACACCGCCGCCACUGCUUGUCACAAGUAACGUCAGUGCUCCCAACAAACUGAAGGCCCCGCAGAAACUGGUGAGGAUAGCGCCUGUGACGUCGAAAGCAGGACAGUUGGCAAUGCCUCAGAGCCGCGGGCAGAGCUUGUUGGCGCCGCUAUCGCCGCCCGCUGAGGUGCGUGCGGCCGACCCCGCGCCGCACGACGCGGACCAUGUUGUGGAGGAGAUCGUGCACGAAGAAACGGACUCGAAGUCGGCCCUGCAAGCGCUGAUCGCGGACGCGGUGGGCUCCGAGGCUGAUGCGCACGACGUGACGCACGGGCCCGAGCCGCAGUCGCACGUCAAGGUCGACUACGACAGACAUCCCAGCCCCGAGUGUGAUGACAGCAUGGACUGUCCGGAGUCGCAGUCGGGUGACCACCCCGUGAUCGUGAUCCCCUCCUACAUGAAGCAGGACGUGGUCAGUCCGGACGAUGACAGCUAUGAGAGCUCAAGAAGAUUGGACAGCACGAUGAUUAACGUAGAAGUUGACCCGUACAACGCGUACCACUCGCCCAACGCGCCGCAAGUUCUCUCCGACACCGACUUGGUAUCAACGGAGCUGGGCAUGCGCGCGCGGAAGGCGUGCAACUGCACCAAGUCUCAGUGCCUGAAGCUGUACUGUGACUGCUUCGCCAAUGGAGAGUUUUGCAACUGCUGCAACUGCAUCAACUGCCACAACAACCUCGACAACGAGGAGUUGCGCCAGCAGGCCAUCCGCGGCUGCCUCGACAGGAACCCUAACGCCUUCAGGCCUAAGAUCGGAAAAUCGAAAGCGGGAGGUCCGGAAAUUAUAAGAAGACAUAAUAAAGGAUGCAACUGUAAGAGAAGUGGUUGUCUCAAAAAUUACUGCGAGUGUUACGAGGCGAAGAUAGCGUGCACGAGCAUCUGCAAGUGCGUGGGCUGCCGCAACGUGGAGGACACGCUGGAGCGCGCGCGCGGCCGCGCCGCGCCGCCGCCGCCGCCGCACUGCCGCGCGCCGCCGCCGCCCGGACACAAGCAGCCGUGCAGCUUCAUGACGACGGAGGUGAUCGAGGCGGUGUGCCAGUGCCUGCUGGCGGCGGCCGUGGAGGGCGGCGGCCCGGCGCCGGUCCCCGCCGAGCGCUCGCCGCUGCGCAGCGUGCUGGAGGAGUUCGCGCGCUGCCUGCAGGACAUCAUCAGCGCCAGCCACCAGGCCGCGCCGCUCGCGUUGCUCGAUGAGACGCACGCGUGAUAUAUUGUCUGCAUUUGAAGACAAGCCAUGAAAUAUGAACGUGAUAUAGAAUACCUUGAUUAUAAAUGUACAAUUCAUCAUCAGCUAAUGUUAAAGACUGUUGUAUAUAGUGACCUAUGUAGUUGACAAUAUGACUCGAAUGCAUUAAUCUAUAAUGAAGUGUGAAUCCGUUUAAGAAUGGAUAUAAAAUGUUUGUAAAUAUUAUUUUUAAAGAUUUUUUAAUAAAAUAGUUUGCAUUUUUUGUAAAUUAGUAUAGUUAGUAUAGUUCGCCAA